AAACCAGAAGGAACAACACGAUCAAAAGGUGUGAAGUAAAGCUUAAACUUAGUCACAGGGGAGAGGAAACUAUCGAAAAGAAAAACAGAAAAGAAAAUGUCGCAUAUACUGCCAGAACAAGAGAAGAUUGCUAUAUUAAAACACCAUCUUAAUGCAACGCUUGAAACAUUCAACUCAGCCCAUGAGUUGGUGGAAAACAGUGAAUCAAUCAUAAGAGGUGCCACAGAUGAAACACCACAAGCCUUAAAGAAACAAUUCAUUCUUGACUCGUUCAAAAUUACGAAAACUCACAAGGAUUAUAAACAUUGGGAACUUGAACAAGCAAACCAAUUUAUCGACAAUGGUAUAUUUGAAUAUAAUCGAGUUAUUGCCAGUAUACACCGUGUCAAUACCCAUUUAGAGAAACUAACUGAAGAAUAUGAACAAAUUGCUAAAACGGUAACCAUUCCAGAGUUUCAAUUCUCAGUAAAGACGUUGGAAAUAUAUGGGGACGAAAGCUUGCUCAAACUAAUCCCUGAAGGAGCCAAGAUUGUUAAAUUAUCGGAAUUAUUUUCACUAGAUCCAAAGUCAAACUUAGCUAUGCUUGAUUAUCAAGUUAUAAGCAAACUUAUUAAUAUUGAAUUCAAACUAAGAAUUGAAUUGAGAAUUAAAUAUGAGAUAUUGAAUGUGAUUAAAACCAAAGUUAUGGCCAAUAAUAGUAAAUGGAGCGCUAGAAAUAAUUACUUGCAAGAUUUUCUUGACAAAAAGUUGGCAGCUGCAUUUAAUGAAGUGGAAAAGGUUAAGAAUGCCGAAGGUGUUAGCGUUAAACAGGCAGAAUCUGAUAUGUCUGAUAUAGAAGAAGAUGAAGCGAAUAUGCAGGAGAUCGAGGAGGAAGAGGAGGAGAGCGAAGACGAGCACAUAGAAGAUGAACGACAUAUAGAGGAAGAGCGUGUAGAAGAACACAUAGAAGAAGAGCAUGCAGAGGAGCACAUAGAGGAAGAUAUAGACAUAGAGGACAAACCAAGCACGGAUGACUUGUCAGUAGCACCAACAAGACCGUCUGCGGAACCAUCGGACGACGACGAAGACGAUGAGAUGUUAAUUUAGUAGUAUACACUAUAUAGCUAAAUCUAUUUAAUCCGAUUUAUUUUCAAUUGGUGCAACUGGUUCCUUGGCACCAUUAAGAAUAUAAUCAAAUACUUGACCAGGAGUAUCCCCUUCAUUUCGUCUGAAUUGAACAAUUCUAAUUAAUUGGUAUCCAGCAACACCACCCAAGAAGAAAUUGACGGAGGCUAACAAAACGUUUCUUGGCUUUAUAACAAAUCCAGCCCAUCUAGUCCAUAUAGCACCGGUACAGAAUAAUGCAAUUUGUUGUGUACCACUUAACUUCUCAACUGGUCUUUGAAUAUCAGAAAUACCAGCUAUAACCAAGGACCAUUUAAACACUGGAGCCCAAAAAUGAACAGUCUUUGGACCAGUUUCGGAAUUUAAAAAACGAGCAAAUUUUGAUGCAUGAGCUGCUGAUGAAGCCAUAUUUGAAUAAUUGAUGAAGUUGCUUUGAUAUGAACCCUUGCUAUUGGAUUACCAAUUUUUUUCUUGUUGGCGGGAUUUUUGUCUGUC